ACAUUAAUCAAUUAUAAUUUUGCAUUUUAGAUCCAAUUGAUGCCAUAAAAAGUUCUGUCGAGGAUGUGGAAAAAGAUAACACUAGAAAAGGAGCGUUUACUUUCAUGGUGGUCCUAAGAGACCGUUUCAGAAAUUACAUCAGAGUCAAUGAAAAAGAUAGCAAGAAAAAUGCAAGAAUAUCGGUUCAGUAUACUCCGCAAGAUACAUUGCAGUUCAUGAAGUUUCUUGAGUGUUCUACGACUCUGCGGUCUAACGUAGAUGGAGAUGUUUAUAUUCUUAGCUGCACAGGCGCGGAAAAGGAAUUGAUCUACUUUUACCCUUCCAUAAAUAAUGUGCCACUUGGAGGCCAUGACAAGUAUGAAGCCAGAACUACCUUAUGUCCAGGAAAAAGCACUUCUGAAGCGGAGCCGAAGGCAUUCCCGCUCGCUCUUGUACUCGGUUGUAGUGGGGCCGCUCUUCUGGUGUUGCUGUUUAUUGUUAAACUGUUGAUCCGUCAUCACUGUGGAAAGUAUCAGGGUGAACAGAAAAGACAGAAAGCCCAGAAGAAAAAAGAGACUGAGCUAGAAAUGGAGGUACAGCAACCUGGCAAUGACGUAACCAUGAAUCCCGAGGCGGUUUAUCUGUUGGAGAACGCCGCACUUGACACCAGUGAUAAAGGAAUAACCAAGGCAAGUCCAGCUCCAGAAAAUACCACCGACUAUGCUACAUCAAUUGACGAUUCAUCACAACCUCUUUUAAGCGUGGCUGAUCCCACUGAGGAAACUGCUCAAGAACAACAAGCAGAUGUGCAAGGGAAUACAGACAGCCUCGAAAAGCAAAUGCUCGAAAAAGACGACNCAUCACGCUCGACGGACUAA